AUGCCACCGACUAUGGGAACAGUCGACUCGUUCGGCUUUACUGCGGUUGAAGCAUCUGCAGAAAAACUCUUCGAGCAGAUCGGACUGCGGGAUAUGCCUCCGCCGCCAGUGGUGCCAGUCUCAGCUACUCCAAUCCCGCGGACAAUCCUUGCGGAGCGCAUAGAAGGCUAUGCCAAAGUCCACCUCCCUACGGCUACGUUUAACCACUGCAUGAGGGUAUACCAUUUUGGGAUUGCUAUAAAGCGCUAUGCAUUUCCUACCUGGGUCUUCACUGACGAAACCUACUUUAUCACCUGCAUGUUGCAUGAUAUCGGAACAACAGAAGAAAACCUUCGAGCUUCGCGUAUGAGCUUUGAGCUAUAUGGUGGCUUUCUAGCCAUGGACUUGCUUCAAUAUCCCAUCAAUGAGCACGCGUCGACCAUCAUAGACCCUGAGAGACGGGUUACGGCGUCAAACGCGCUUGCUGAAAGUGUUGUUGAAGCAAUUAUGCGGCACCAGGAUAUACGCGAUACUGGGAAGAUAACUGCCGUUGGCCAACUGAUUCAAUUGGCUACCAUCUUCGAUGUUCUCGCUAACGCGAAGGGCGGAUACCAACCGGUUAAAGAUAACAUCGGAGGACAUGAGCAGCUCCUCAACUCUGAAACGGUAAAGGACGUCAUCGACCACUACCCGCGUCUGCAGUGGAACAGCUGUUUUUCAGCAACAAUCCGCAAGGAAAUCGCGCUAAAGCCAUGGGCCCAUUCCACCAUGCUUAGAACAGAAGAAUUUCCAGCGAAAAUUGAGAAUAACCCGAUCGGUAGGGCAUAUGAAAGAAGGGAAAGUAUUAUGCAACAUGGAGGGAAUGGGGAGAAUGGGAGGCUAGAUAAUCUUAAUGGUCAUGCAUAA